ACGUCAGCUCGGGGAAAUGAUACAAAACACUCCGCGAAAACUUCAGACGCCUCAGAGAAACAAGAGCUCGUGACAACUUUGACAAUCUCCCUCUGACACCAACGUGACACUGAAGACUCAGAGUCCCAAGCCAACAGAGCCAGAAUCAGAACAGAACCAGUGCCAGAGCGCGUGGAGAGACGCUGUGGAGACGUGCGUAAAACGUGACAUCUCUGGUUUACACUUUUUUUUUUUUUUUUUUUUACAACUUUUCUUGCUUAAAAGCCCGUGGAGCAGUGAGCAGUGUUCAUGUGUGACAUAUACAGCCUGGACUCUCACUGCGUGUCUCCACAAUGCAACAUGAGUUGGGGGAUGGAGCCAGCUAACUUCUACGAGAGCGUCAAGCUGAGUGGCCCCCAGCAAGGCCUGUGCAAACCGGGCAUCAGGAGCCAAGCUGAGGGCGAGGACGGCACCAUGGCAGAACUGAGCAACGCGCCCGCCAUCUACGACGACGAGAGCGCCAUUGACUUCAGCCAGUACAUCGACUCCAUGACCGCGGUGCCAAACCUGGAGCUGUGCAACGACGAACUCUUCCUGGACCUGUUCAACAAUGUCAAGCAGGAGAAAGACUUCUAUGGAAUGACAACAAGCACCCCCGCGUUGUCCAACCCCGCGGGGACAGUGUACUCCACGGACCGGACAGUGGACAGAGCCUCGGACAAAGGGGUGUUCAGCGCGCCCAUCAAGCAGGAGUCAGACUGGAGCGACAGCGACAUGUCCUCCUCCCUGCCCUCCCAGAUCGAGAGGUGCGCGCAGACCUCCGUGAGCCUUCCAACGGGACAGCCGACCCCACCCACCACCCCCGAGCCCGUGUCCAGUGGCGGGGGCGCAUCCAAGUCCUCCCCGCGGAAAGCAGGGAGAGAGAGAGGCAAGAAGGCAGUGGACAGGUACAGCGUGGAGUACAGGCAGAGGCGCGAGAGGAAUAAUAUUGCCGUGAGAAAAAGCAGGGACAAGGCAAAAAGACGCAACUUGGAAAUGCAACAGAAGAUGAUCGAGUUGAGCGCAGAGAAUGACAGACUUCACAAAACUAUCGAGCAGCUAACGCGAGAGCUCACGGGGCUCCGGGAUUUCUUCAAACAAAUCCCCAACUCCUCGUUUGCGGGCUCCACGCGUGAGAGCCGGUGACACAAGAGCCAGCCCUCCCCUUUAACGCGCGGGGCUCCAGGACACAUACCUCAGACACUUUGUUUUACCAUCUGUAACAGAUGUAAUUUAAGCUAACCAUAAUGGCACUGGAAAUAGUGUUUAUAUAAUGUCGCUGCCAUAUAUUGUGGGAAUUUGUCUAUAUUAAAUUAUUUUACCACUGCAUUUACAUGUGGAUACCUAUUAUGGUACAUGUUUUGUAAUUCCAAACUUUGUAUGAGCCAGAGCAUGACCUUUUAUAUAGUUUGUAUGAAAACAUUUUGUUUAUGAAAUCUAUAAUAAAACAGAACUGCAAACGUGCA